CUAACACUAUAUACUAGUCUCUCUUAUCUUUUUCCACAAAGAAACCAAAUUUCAUUGACUUCCCAAUUCAUAGCUAAACAGCUGGUUCUCUCCUCCCCUCCUACAUCAACCCCAACAAACUCAGUUUUCUUCCUCCAUUUUUUCUUCUUCAUAUUUAUAUGCUAAUUAAUCACUUCCUUAAUUAGGUUUGUUAAUUGAAUCAGACAAGGACUGGUGGCAGUAGUAAUGGUCUCAUGGAGGGUUACUCAAUCAAAGGAGCAGGCCAAGAUCGUUCAGCGUGAGGGAUAAAUUACGUAGCUGACCUGCUGGUCCAUCAAAUAUCGUAGUUUCUUGAUAUAUUUUCAAUGCCUUUUGACUUACCACUAAUUUCAUUUUCGACUCUUUGAAAUCUUGGGUUUUCUAUUUGCAGGAAAGGUCAAACAGAAGGAUAGCAGCAAGAACGAAGGGUGAAUUGUUGACGUAGAGAGAAAAUGGACGGUGAAGAUCGAGUUAUAAGACGACGAAAGAGUUUAGCAGAACGGCUAGGAUUAAAAGGAAUCGGAUGUUGUGGGUCCUACUUGGGUAUAUUGCCAGCAACGUUAAAUAUAAUGGACUAUGAAGACGACAUAGAAGAAGUGAUGGGUCAUCAUAUAAUUCAUACACCAUCCGAAACAGCUUCUACUACUACUACUAUAGCAUGUUUGGGUCAUAUACCCGGAGGAAGGUCCGGGAUGAAUUUGGCGGCCGCAUUGGCCGCCGAACGUCACUUCCAAGAGGAAGUCACAGAGCAAGGUUCAGAUAAUGCAAUUGACAAUAGCCUGGGUCAACAGACCGGGCAAGGCCCUAGCCCGUUGAGGCCCGAUAUUGACGGGCCGAGAACGGUACCCGGGACACCAGCAAGAAUGUCGUUGAUGAGAUUGUUAGAAGAAACGGAGAUAUAUGAGGGAGAAUUAAUGGAGAAAGAAGAAGGGGUAGGGGGUGAAACUGUUUGUUGUGUGUGUAUGCAGAGGAAAAAAGGAGCAGCAUUCAUACCAUGUGGGCACACAUUUUGCAGGGUUUGUUCAAGAGAGCUUUGGGUAAAUCGAGGUUGUUGUCCUCUUUGUAACAGAUCGAUUCUUGAAAUUCUCGACAUUUACUGAGGUAAAAAAAGAAUCCGAGAUUUUGGUCAUAGGGAUUUAUUAAAAGUAAAGAAUUUAAAUGAAAGUGAGGAGGUGGAAUUGCUCAAAACUGGGCUGAAAUUCUUUAAUUAUGAGUUGGGCGCUUUAAUCAUUCAACCCAUAAGUACAAAAAGAGGGCGGGAGGAGAAUUUGAUUUGUAGUGAAAGUUAAAGUUUCUAGUCAUAUUGUUGAGUGA